GACACAGAGCUGCUUCUCUCCCAGAAGCCAUGAAUCUCAUGCUGACCUUCAUGAUAUGUGGGUUACUAACUCUGGUGACCAAAGCUGGCUGGAAUGUUGAAAGAUGCUGGAGGUAUAACAUAGGACACUGCAGAAGACGAUGUUUGCAUGUUGAAAGGUACAAACUUCUUUGUAUGAACAAGCGAGCAUGCUGCAUUCCCCUAAGCAGUGAUGAUCCCUACACUCAAUGGCCACUACCUCCUGAAGAUCAAACUGUUGGAAUGAAAACUCCAGAUUUUCGUCCUGUUUCCCCUGGAUCUGAGUUGGAUGAUCAGAUAACAAUUACGGUGACUGUGGAUCAAGAAAGCACAGGAACUGAGCAGGAUAUUGAGGGGACAGCAAUUUCUUUCCAGGCUUCAACCCCUAGUCCUGAGAACAUUGAAGAUACAAAGUUUUCUGAUAAGGCUAAUACACUAAAUCUACAUAAGCUUUAGGACUAUUAUCCAGGGAGCCUGAUCUACUGAUAUUUUUCACUGGGGUCAGUUCUAUCAGAGAUUAGAUGACAUGGAAAUGGAUAUGAUGCUACUGUCAAGUCAAGAACCAAGCGAGUUCCUUUACAAUUAGUAAUGUGUAGAGAGAAGUGUAUAGAAGAUACAGGGAUUCUUUGUAUUGGGCCGAAGUUCUUUUUCUGUUUUCCUCUAAUACACUAAUAUAUAUGUGCUAGCAUUUGGUCUCAGGUGAUAUUUGUGCGUCUAUGUCUUUUUCCGUAGUAAGUAAAUAAAUACUACAUUUUGGAGCC